GUGAAAUUUGGAACGUGUAACACUCCCAAGCCAAGCUUCUUUGAUUUUGAAGGAAAGCAGAAAUGGGAGGCUUGGAAAGGCCUGGGAGAUCUCAGCCCUCAUCAAGCUAUGCAGGAGUAUGUUGCUACAGUGAAAAAACUGGACCCCAGUUGGAAUCCACAGAUGACAGAGAAGAGGGGAAGGGAAAGCAAAACUGCAUUUGGAGGCCCAGUUGUCAGCUCGUUAUAUCAAGAAGAAACAAUCAGGGAAGAGGACAAGAACAUUUUUGAUUUCUGCAGAGAAAACAACAUAGACUAUGUAACCAAAGCCAUUCGAUCAAAAAAAGUGGAUGUGAAUGUCACAGAUGAGGAGGGCCGGGCUCUGCUCCACUGGGCAUGUGACAGAGGACACAAGGAGCUGGUUUCAGUAUUGUUACAGCAUGCUGCUGACGUUAACAGCCAGGAUGGGGAAGGCCAGACUGCACUCCAUUACGCUGCUGCCUGUGAGUUUUUGGACAUCGUGGAGCUGUUGCUGAAGUCAGGAGCUGACCCCACGCUCCGGGACCAGGAGGGCUGCCUGCCGGAGGAGGUGACAGACUGUAAAGCCAUCACCUCGGCUCUGCAGCAGCACACCGCUGGCAAGACCUAA